AAAAAAUGAAAACCAUAUAGAACGUCGUUCGCGACCCCACCGUAUCCCCCUCCCUCGCCCCCUCACUGCUCUCGCUUUCGCUCGCCAUCCGCCGUCCCGCUCCGCACACCGGCCCUGCCCGAUGCCUUCGCCCGCCGCGGCCGCGGCGGCGCCUUUCCACCGCAUCGCAUGCGCGCGUCAGCACCUCCCUCAAACCCGUCUCUUCUUCCUCCCAUCCCGCGCGCUGCUCAAAUCCGACCGCCUCACCGUCCCGGCUCCGCUGCGCGUCCACGCGCUGAGGCUGCCUCCGACGGUGCCACGGGCGGCAAGCCACGAUGCCGCCACGGGCGUGAGAUCGCCCACAUCUGGCGGCCAGAUGCUGGUGUUCGUCCCGCCGCACCCGCUCAUAAAGCAUUGGGUCUCCGUGCUGCGCAACGAACAGACACCCUGCGUCAUCUUCAAGAGUGCCAUGGCAGAGCUUGGUCGGCUGCUCAUAUACGAAGCAUCCAGAGAUUGGUUGCCUACAAUCACAGGAGAGAUUGAGACACCUGUAGCUGUAGCUAGCGUAGAAUUUAUUGAUCCAAGAGAGCCUGUUCUGGUUAUUCCAAUACUGAGAGCUGGUCUUGCACUAGCUGAACUUGCUUCAUCAGUUCUGCCAGCCACCAAGACUUACCACCUCGGCUUUCGUAGGGAUGAAGAAACGCUUCAACCUUCAAUAUACCUGAACAACCUGCCAGACAAGAUUCCAGAGGGUACUCGUGUGCUAGUUGUUGACCCAAUGCUGGCCACUGGUGGGACAAUGGUUGCUGCUAUUGACUUGUUAAUCGAGUGCGGAGUUACUAGCAAGCAGAUUAAAGUUAUAUCUGCUAUUGCAUCACCUCCUGCCCUGCAAAAGCUCAAUAACAAGUUCCCUGGGCUCCACGUGUACACAGGAAUGAUUGAUCCAGAAGUAAAUGAGAAAGGUUUUAUAGUUCCAGGACUGGGGGAUGCUGGCGACAGAAGCUUUGCCACAUAAUCAGACUGCCCAAUUUGAUUGGGUCAGUGUUCGACCUGCGAGAAUCUUUGCUUGAGUUUCACAGAAACGGAGCGACUGCCAGUAGCAGUGUUUAUUGCUGUAGAUUACUUUCGUUUGAGAUUUUGUUCCUUUUUUCAGUGUUAUCAGCUGCCUACCAUUUUGUAGCACCCAUUCUGUAUGAUUGUGUAGAAUACAAGGCUAGUUCAAAUGUCCCCAGAUGGUAAAAUGCUCGAGAGAACAAGGUUCCGUUCAAAAUGACGGAUUAUUGAAGUUUCUGCUCUCUAAUAUUUUGCCAGUCGAUGGAAUAAACAUACGUCAUUGUGCUUAA